UAAUGUAACAUAAGAAGCUUGUAUGUAAAGUGAAUAUAAUUAUCUGUGUUUUUUUAAGAGCCUUUAACUUAUAUUUCUAAUAAAGGGAGGUUGAUGCAUACAGAUAUACAUACAUACAUACAUAUAAAGUCAUCAUCAUCAUAAUAAUAGUCCGUGACUGUGUUCAAGUUACCAUUACCACACAUUCAUUUUUCACUCAUGAUACAGUAACCAGCAGCUAAAGAAAUUUGAACUGAUCUCCAAAAUACUUGAAGACCUGUCCAGCAAUUCUGUUUAUGAUUGCUGUAGAAAGAUUUUCUCAAAGUAUGUGGUACUAUUUACUUUAAGUUGGCUAGAUCGACAUAUAUGAUGGCUACAAAUGCAGUUGUUGGAUUAAGAACAGGGGAACGCUUAUUGGGUUCAACAACCUAUUACUCUGAAGUUAGUGAAAAGCUGUGCUGCAGUAGCAAUCUAGGGUUCAUUUUUGUCCCAAGUACAAAUCUGGUUACUUCAAAGAAGUCAACCAACUAUAGUCGUAGUCUUAUAAACAGUCGAGAUAUUCAUCCCACCAGAGCUCUAAAGGAACAUGUAGAUACUACUCUUGAACCUCCAAGUACAGACCAAUGGGCUCAGAGGUUUGACUAUCUGGAUGAGGAAGUCUCAGAGCAUGAGCUUCCAGUUGAUGCUUUACUCUUAUUACACAAGUCUUUGCUGGAAAAGCAGUGGACUCUUUCAACAGAAGAGACAAUAACUAUAGCUACUCCCGCAAAAAGAAUCAGCAGAAAGGUACAUGUCACUGGUUCUGGGAUAUCUGCUCGAAGGCGUAGAAUAGAUGCUCAGAAUAAAAUGUCGAAUUCUAUAAAUCAAGAUGGUCGAAAUAAGCAGCUGAGACCCAUAAUCAGUCCAGAACUUCUUCAAAAAUGUCAAAAAGGGUAUCUUAAAGGUGUAAAAACUGAAGCUUUACUCACGCACUCAGAGGUGGUUGCUCUUUCGGAAAAGAUCAAAACUGGUCUGCAAAUUGAAGAAGAGAAGUCAAGACUGAAAGAAAGAUUGGGAGUUGAACCUUCAGAGAAGCAACUUGCAGCUUCCCUAAAAAUUUCACGAGUUGACUUGCAAACUAAACAGAUGGAGUGCAGUUUGGCAAGAGAGAAGCUGGCAAUGAGCAAUGUUCGUCUGGUGAUGUCUGUAGCACAAAAAUAUAAACACAUGGGAGCCGAUAUGUCUGACCUAAUUCAGGGAGGUCUAAUUGGACUACUCAGAGGAAUAGAGAAAUAUGAUUCAUCUAGGGGACACAAAAUUUCUACUUAUGUAUAUUGGUGGAUUCGACAGGGUGUAACAAGAACGUUCUUUGAAAAUUCUAAAACGCUUAGAUUGCCUACUCACUUACAUGAAAGACUAGGUGCAAUCAGAAAUGCCAAGGCCAAACUGGAGCGCAAGGGAAUAACCCCAUCAAUUGAUAAAAUUGCCGAAAGCCUGAAUAUGUCUAAAAAGAAAGUAACAAAUGCCACUGAGGCAGUCUGUAAAGUCUUCUCACUUGACAAGGAUGCUUUCCCUUCUUUAAAUGGCCUUCCCGGAGAAACACUUCAUAGUUACAUUGCAGACGAUUGCCCGGGAAACAACCCAUGGUAUGGUGUAGAUGAAGCCGCUCUCAAGGAUGAAGUGAGAAAUCUUAUUAAAAUGACUCUGGGUGAACGGGAGAGAGAAAUCAUUUAUCUUUACUACGGUCUUGACAAUGAAUAUCUUACUUGGGAGGAUAUCAGUAGAAGGAAAGGGUUGUCAAGGGAACGAGUUAGGCAGGUUGGCCUUGUUGCACUGGAGAAACUAAAACAUGCUGCAAGAAAUACAAAACUAGCGGCAAUGCUUGUGGACCACUGAUUUUUGCUACACAUUUAUGACAGAAAAACAAAAAAUACCAUGUACAUACAAAUGACAGUUUUUUAUUUUUCCAUUGCUAAUAUUUCUGAGCCAAUAUGCAUUCCUGACUUAAGAGUCCUGUUUUUUGCAACGAAAGAGUGGUGUAUAGAAAGGUUUUGUACUGCAGGAACACCUAUUAUGUUGUUCACAGAAAGAUAAACAUGUGAAUCUGUAAAUUGUUUUUUUUUUUUAA